AUGUGUGGCAUUGGACUGGUGCUUACUGCUCUCGAUUCUACACAUUCUACGUCCGUUACGACUUUAUCAUCUACAGCUUCAGACGGUCACCUGUACGGUAAAUCUCAAAGCCCUUUGUCCGAAUUCAAUCAUAACUUUGAGCAAAGAUUAUGUCAACGAGGUCCCGAUUCCUACCACAAGAGGAUUCAUCACAUUGUAUCAAGGUCUACGACAGAUAAGGGAUUGAUACUUGCAUUGCAUAGUGCAGUGUUACAUCUUCGAGGAAAUGACUUGAUUCCUCAACCUAUUGAGGAUUCUGAUCAGAAUGUCCUUUGCUGGAAUGGUGAAAUUUUUGAAAUGGGUGGACGAGAUUUCCCGUUAACCGAUGCCACCGACAAAGAAGAAGACGUUGACGAUGAGAAUGACGUUUUAGUUCAUGGGAGUGACACAGUCUUCAUAUCGAACAUGUUGCAAUUAGCAGGACGGCAUGUCACGACAAAAGAAGCUCGUGAUCCGGUCGUAGAAGUACUGCGUCGAGUGCGUGGACCUUUUGCAGUUAUGUGGCUUCAUGUCCGUACCAAAAGAGUGUACUUUGCUCACGAUAGAUUUGGACGUAGAAGUCUGCUAUACAAGACGUGGGGCACUGAUUCUUCUGGUGAUAUGAUUGCAGAAUUAGCAGGGACAGAGACAACUUCAAAGGAGUUUUUGCAAAGUGGCAUGACUCGCUUCGUGCUGACCAAUGUGGCGAUUGGAGACAAUGAUCAAGAUUUGAUGCAGUAUCAAGAACUCCCGGCGUCAGGUAUUUAUGUGCUGGAUCUGCGUGCGUGCUGUGAGGCACUGACGAAAGAUACUUUGCCGUCAUACAGAAUGGAAUUCCAUCCGUAUGCACCGCUAGUAUCCAACUUGCCAUUAGCCAUUUCAAAGACUGAAGCUUCAAAUGACCUUUUCGAUCGGUUUGGAUGUAAACUUCCUUGUCCAGGAAUCACGACGGAGACCAUCGACUUGGCGACGAAGAUGUUGGAAUGUUCAGCACGGGCAUUGCUGGUAGCGCUUAGCAAUGCUGUUGGUAUACGUGUGCGAUCAAUUCCGGUGCGUUCUUCAAUUCAUGAGCUCAGUUCUACCGCUCGGGUCGCUGUGCUCUUUUCAGGAGGGUUGGACUCGGUCGUACUUGCGGCUCUCACGCAUUUUCAUGCUCCUGCGAUCGAACCUGUUGAUCUCUUGACUGUUUGUUUCGAUGAGAGCUCGAAUUAUGCAUCACCUGACCGUCUUGCCGCCGAGCUAGCUCAUGCUGAGCUCUGCUCGUUAUUCCCAGAGCGUCAAUGGAAUCUCAUUAAGGUAAACGUACCCCAUGUCGAGCUGUCUGGAGAGCAACGUGAAAUUCAAACGCUCAUGGCCCCUUGCGAUACGCACAUGGAUUUCAAUAUCGGUGCUGCCUUCUGGUUUCUGGCGCGUGGACGUGGUGUGCUGACAGAAUCCACUCAAGCAUCAGAAAUGGCGACGUUGGAGGAGCUGAAUGCGUUCCUCAAGCCUCAUCAAGCCGAUCUGUCGAAGCUAGAGGCAAAAGUGGCAGCGUUUUCAUUUUUUGACGACCAGAGUGCGAAUGGUAGCGAACUGUUAUGUCCGGUACUUUCUUGUGGGCGGAAGCGAAAGCAUGGCUGUGUUUUGCAAGUUUGCAAGACUUGCUGCUUUAGAAUUCAGCGGGAAGUGAACAGGCUUAUCCCACUUGAGAACCAACACGGCGAACAGCGUGAGGUCUCGUUUUCGCGUGCUAAAUUGCUGUCCAUGGGUGUAUCUGAAGCUCAGCUUGAACGCUUGUUAGGUCUUGCAAACCAGCAAGAUGAAGCAUCGAACAAAUCGCCAGUCCAACAACAUUUCAGCUGUUGCGUGCACCGGCCAAAGCAAACGGCAUUACCCAUACUCUCUAACUCGACUUCGGCGUUUUCACAAAGUGAUUGUACAUCCUCACCAUCGUCUCACUACGAAACACCUGCACGAGUAGUGCUCGUAGGCAUUGGCGCUGAUGAGCAGUUGGCAGGGUACGGACGUCAUCGCACCACACUGAUGAAUGGAGGGGAACAAGCUCUGCGGGCUGAGCUGCAAAUGGAUUUAGCUCGGAUUUGGAAACGCAACCUUGGGCGUGACGACCGCUGCAUUGCAGCUCAUGGUCGAGAAGCGCGUUUUCCGUAUCUUGAUGAGACUGUAGUAGCUACCAUAUCAACUUUUCCCGUUUCUAGUCUUUGCGAUGCAAAUCUACCUCGUGGUGUCGGUGAUAAGCGCGUCCUACGACUCGUCGCCAAUACUCUCGGACUUAGAAAUUGUGCUCUUCUUGCAAAACGGGCAAUACAAUUUGGAUCACGAAUUGCAAAAGUUUCCAACACUGGUAGCAAUCGUCAAACCCAUGGAAACAAACAAUUUUUGAGCACGAUACCACGAAAUUCAACAACACCAUCAGGAAAACGACUACAUCAAUAA